AUGUUUGAACGGUCCUAUUCUUCAUCAUGCUUUAACUACUUCCUUUUCCAUAGGUUAUUCUUGACAUGUUCCACUGCUGUUUACAAAAAGGAUUAUGAACUCAUUACGUUUCAGAUGGAAACGAAAGGCAAGAAGAAUCUCACGAAGGAGCAAUUUACUCAAAUCUUGAAGCUAGAGUCUGAUGGUCCAUUUGAAACUCUAGCACCUAAUCAAGUCUUUUCUAUGUUGAAUGAAAUAGGCAAGUGUGAUAUUUUGGAGUUGAUGCUUAUUGAAGCUUAUCAACAAGAAGGAAUUCAAGUUCCAGAAGGAGAGGAAGUUGCUGUAUUUUCUCAUCUCCAAAUUCCUAAAAGUUUGGUUGAUGAUCCUAAAGCUUUUCCUGUUAUUGGAAGAAUAGCAGAGAAUGUGCUGGAGUUAGUUCCACUAUCGAAUCCUGUUUUGAUUCGAUUUCAUGAAAUGUUUGCUGAUGUUCCUAGGAAGAAACGAAAGGCUACUGGUGUGUUAAAUAUGAUGGCUAGUAAGAAGCAAGUCACUAAGCCAAUGAAGAAGAAGAAGACAAUUGAAGUUACUGUUCUCGGUACUCCUGAUUAUGAUGAAUCUACUUACACAGAAGAUAUGGAUUUGUCGAAGGGACAAUAUUCACAAUCUCAUCGUGAUGCAAAUGCAGAUGAUGUAAAUCAUUUGAUCCAUGAUGCAUUUCAUCAUGAUACACCACCUGUUUCACCAUGA